UUCUAUAUGAAUGAUCACCUGAUAUGAAAAUGGAGGGGCAAGGUACCACAAUAAGGGAAGUAUCAGAGGAAACAGGAAAAUCCCCUCACGUCCUCCAGGCUGGGAGUAUUAGGGAAUUGCUACGAAGGACGCCAGGAGAUCUGAUGGAUCAGCGUGCUGGGGAGGGAUCCCUUUCUCUCCUCCAAUGGGAAGCGCAGUGGCAAGAGUUCCUGAAGACAUUGGAGUCACCUCAGUCUGGAUGGGGAAUCCCCCCCUUGCCAAAGAAGCCUUCACCCUGGGAGGAUGCCAAGGCCUUUCUGGCUUCCUUUGAACAAGUGGCCGAAGCCUGUUGGUGGCCCAAAGAUGAGUGGGUGACCCGACUCCUGCCAGCCCUCAGUGGAGAAGCUGAGAAGGCCUUCAACAAUCUGGAUGUCAGAGACAGAGAGGAUUAUGGGAAGGUGAAGGCAGCCAUCUUGAGAGGGGAAGCCCUGAGCCGGGAGAAGCAGCGUCAAGAGUUUAGGCGUUUCUGCUACCAGGAGGCCGAGGGGCCGCGGGGGGCUUACAGCCAACUGCGGGAAAUGUGCCGUGGGUGGCUGAGAGUGGAGAAUCACAGCAAGGAGCAGAUCCUGGAGCUCUUGAUCCUAGAACAACUGCUGAGCGUCCUGCCCCUGGAGAUCCAGAGCUGGGUGCGGGAGAGCGGCCCCGAGAGCUGCUCCCAGGCGGUGGCCCUGGCCGAGGAGCUCCUCUUGAGGCAGGAGAAGCAGGUGCUCUCGGGGGCAGUGGCUGGGAGUGUCUCCGAGGCAGACCAGGCUCUGUUUGAGAGUGAGCAGAGGCAUCCUUGGACGGAUAUCAAGGAAGUGGAGGACGGAGAGGCCAGUCUGCUGGGUGAACUGCAGGAGAAUGAAAACGAUGGGGGACUCUGGGGACUCACACUGGACAAAGUCAAGAAUGGGGACUUGAAAGGAACCUCUGGGAAUCGAGGAGGACAAAAGAGGCUGGGGGGAAGCCAUGCAGUGGAGCAGAGGGAUCAUCCCGUUCCUUGCCAAGGUGGGGAAUUCCAAGAAAUCGUUGUCCAAGGAGAAAAAGCAACCCAAAAGAGGAGGAAUGGAGGCCACAGUGCUCACGGAAGGAUCCACAUCAAGAAAAAACAAAAUGCACAUGCAGAAUUUGGACAAAACGUCAGUCAGAGCAUGACCCUUAUUUCACAUCAGCAGGUUCACCCACCAGAGAAACCAUAUCAUUGCUUGGAGUGCGGAGAGAGCUUCAGCUGGAGGACGAGCCUCACUUGGCACCAAAGAAUUCACAACGGGGAAGAACCUCAAAAAAUUCCAGAGUGUGAAAACAGCUCCAGUGGGCAACCAGGCCCCAAAGAGCAUCAGAUGGUCCCCACAGGAAAGAAACCAUCUCUGGACUCCGAGAGUGAAAGGAGCUUCAGUGACCGUGUAAGCCUCACUGCUCAACAAACACCACACGCAGUGGAGAGACCCUAUAAAUGUUCAGAGUGUGGAAAGAGGUUUAGGCGGUUGGCACACCUUCAGCAGCAUCAGACAAUCCACACAGGGGAGAAACCCUAUCAGUGCUCAGAGUGUGGGAAGAAGUUUACUCGGGUGUCAUCCCUGCGGCAGCAUCAAACAAUCCACACAGGAGAGAAGCCUUACGAGUGCUCAGAGUGUGGAAAGGCCUUCCGUCACCGCAUCAGCUUCACUGUGCAUCAAAGGGCACACACAGGGGAGAGGCCUUACAAAUGCUCAGAAUGCGGACUGAAGUUUAGUCGGACAGCACAGCUGCAGAGGCAUCAAAAGGUCCACAAGGCGGAGAACUCUUACGAGUGUUUAGAGUGCGGAAGGAGAUUUAGUUUCAGUUCCUACCUUCAAAGGCAUCUGCUGAUGCACGCAGGGGAGAAACCGUAUCAGUGUUUGGAGUGCGGAAAAAGGUAUACUCAGCCAUCACACCUUCAGCAGCAUCAACAAACCCACACACCAAAAACCACAUAGUGGCUCAGUUU